AUGGAGGAGUCCGACCUAGGAACGAACGACUACCUCGGCGGCAGGGGGGGCAGUCCCGGAUCGCGCAGCCCGUCUCGACCGUCCACGGCGGCCCGGAGCGGCGCUGCGCACGGGUACUCUCCCUCUUCCGGCCAGGCCCGACCGUCCUCGUACGCGGCCGACGACGACCGACGCUUCUCCAGCUCCGGUGCCAACGGCGGCACCAGCUCUCGAUACAGGAGGGGACAGACGACGUCGGGCAGCGGCGGCGGCGGCGGCGGCGGCGGCGGUGGCAGCAGCGGCGGCGGCGCGCACCCUCCCUUCUCUGCAUCCUCCGGGCCGUGGGCGGGCAAGGCGGCGGCCGGGACGGCAGCAUCCUCGUCGCGCGACAAGGCGCACAGGAGCAGCCGCGCCGCACCGCCGCCGGCGACGGGACCUUCGACCAUCACCGAGGCCAGCGCGAGCACGAGCAGUCCCCGACCUAGGCACCACCGGGCCCCGGCGCCGCCCGAGACCUUCGUGCCGCCCUCCGACCUGGUCAGCCGCCUGGAGAGCCCGUCCAUCCAGAAGUCGGUGCUGAACCCGCUCGAGCGCAAGAUAGCGGAGUAUCAGCGCCUGAUGGACGAGGCGCAGGGUCAGAUGUCCCAGAUGGACGACGAGCUGCGGGCCCUCCAGCAGCGCAGGCUCGACGCCCAGGACCGCUACCUCGAGGCCAAGAGCAAGCACGACGACUACGAGAGGCAGCACCAGCACGUCAAGGCCGCCCUGAGCGGGGAGCUGGGCCCCACCGCCGCCGCCGCCGCCGCCGCCUCGACCUCGCAGGCGGCCGGCGGUGUCGGGAUGGCCGCCUCGUCCGCUCACUUCCAGGAUCACCGCGGUCCCCCCCCGCCGCAGUCGGCUGCCGGCCCUGCCGCCAGGAGGUUGCGCCAUGAAGACGACGACUACGACGACGACGACGACGACUACGCCAGGAGGCCUCUGAGCCAUCAGAGCCGUGCCAGCUUCAGGAGCGGGAAGAGGACGGGUACCAUGGACAGGAUCCGGAAGAGUCUAUUUGGGAGCUUCUAG